GCGCAAAAAUUGCAAAAAUGGAUCCAGAUGCAGAAGAGGUGCUAUGGGGAGAAGUGCAAGGGAGGAUUCAUUGAUAUGGGCAAGCAGGAUCUCCCUCUCGAGCAUGUGCAAAAAAUCAUCAAGGACCAUGCGACAUGAGCAAUCGCAAGUUCAGAAAUAACAAACGUGUGCAUUUAGGUGCCCUGAAGUACGUUCCACAUGCUGUCAUAAAGCUGCUCGAAAACAUUCCUUACCCUUGGGAGCAAGUUCGUGAAGUGCCGGUGCUCUAUCACAUCACUGGUGUUAUCACAUCCGUCAAUGAGAUUCCGUGAGUUAUCGAGCCAGUAUAUCAGGUGCAAUACAGCAAUAUGUUGCUUGCGAUGUGGAGGGAGAAGCGUGACCGUAGGCAUUUCAAGUGUAUGCAUUUGCUGCCAGUCGAUGAUGAGGAGCCUCCUCUCGACUAUGGCGACAAUGUCUUG